GUAUGAGGGUGAGUGGGGUCCCCCACACCCAGGCACCCACACCCCGUUUUCUCCCACACCCCGAAUCCACAGCCCCACGCACCCCGGAGCUGAGGGGCAUCACCCGGGUCCCCCCAGGAGGGAGGGAGUUUGAUGGGUGCAGCGCCCCACCCCCCCCCCCCGCGCCCCCACCCUCCCGGACACCUGGGACCCCCAGAUGGGAGCGAGACAGAUGGGCACAGCCCCCCCCAACACUUGUGUCCCCCCCAAAAGGACAGAGACGGAUGGGUGCAGCCCCCUGUUCCCUCCCACAGGACAGCCGGGUGCCCCCAAAUGGAGGGAGCUGGAUGGGUGCAGCCCCCUGUGCCCCCCAGCCCGGACCCCGGCUCCCCCUCGCUCUCCAAUGGUCCCAUUGUGCUCUUUUACGUAAGGCUCCGGCUGCCAAAUCCAAUUAAGAUCCGGCCCCAGCCAAAUCCCGGCUAAGCCCGGCCUGCGGCCCACGGGGACCCCCUGGCCCCCCCCCCCCCGGCCGCGGCUUUGUCCCUGCUCCCCCGGCCAGAAAAAAUUGUCCCCAGAAGAUUAACGAGCACGUUGGGAAUGUCACCAUGGCCUCGUUUUGGUUGGGGGGCGAUGAGGGCAGUUGGGGUCACGGGGCCAGGCUGGGUAAAGCAACGUCCCUGAGGAGGGGGUGGGGGGCCCACCUGGAUGCCUGGGUCCCCCCAGGCCCCCACGGGCAGCAGCACUGGCCCGAGGGGCACCCAGCGUGCGGGGGCCGAGCCCAGUCGCCCAUCGACAUCCAGACGCGAUGGGCGCAACCGGACCCCUCGCUGCCGCCCGUCCGCCCCGUGGGCUACCAACACCCCGACACCCCGGCCUUCGCCCUCGCCAACAAUGGCCACACCGCGGUGCUGGCGCUGCCGCCCUCCCUGCGGCUGCAGGGGCUGCCCCGCAGCUUCGCCGCCGCUCAGCUCCACUUCCACUGGGCUCGGCCCGGCCACGCCGGCGGUGCUGAGCAUCUCCUCGACGGCCGCCGUGCUCCCGCCGAGAUGCACGUGGUGCACUACGACGCGGAGCGCUACGCCAACGCCAGCGAGGCGCAGCACCACGCCGGGGGGCUGGCCGUGCUCGGUGUCCUCCUGGAGGUGGGUGCUGACCCCCACCCCGCCUACAACAACAUCCUGAGCCAUUUGGGGAGCAUCCGCUACGCAGGACAGACGACGGCCAUCCCCUCCUUCAGCGUGCAGGACCUGCUGCCCCCACGCCUGGACCUCUACUAUCGCUACAACGGGUCCCUCACCACCCCUCCCUGCUUCCAGGGCGUCCUCUGGACCCUCUUCCAGCAGCCUGUCCACAUCAGCCUGGCCCAGCUAGAGCAGCUCCAGGGAACCCUUUACGCCACGGCAGCGGCCGAGCCUGAGCCCCAGCGCCUGGUGGAUAAUUUUCGGGCCCCGCAGGAGCUCAACCAGCGGCUGGUGCUGGCGUCCUUCCCCAGGGGGCCCGAGGGGUAUUCGACAGGUGAAAUCAUCGCCAUCAUCUUUGGCACCGUUGCUGGCUGCCUCAGCAUCUUCCUCGCCCUCUACUUUGUGGCCAAGAGGAUGCGAGCGAGGAGGGCGCAGCACCAGGAUGUCGUGUUCAAAGCCUCCUCCCGCCGCACCCCCUCUGACGACGGCCCCCACCCUUGAACCCCCCCAGGGCAGGGCUGCGACAGGCCCCCGCUGCCCCGCAGCCCUCUGCCCCUGCCAGAGGAGCCAGCUGCAGCUCAGCCCCCCCAUGGCAGCAGCUCCUGCCUCGGCCCCACUGGAUAUAAAGCCCCUUCCCCACCCCAGGGCACUGGCGGCUCUUCGCUGGGGAGGGAACGGGGCUGCUCGCCAAGGGGCUGUGGAGCCGGAUCCUGUCAGCCCCAAGAAACCACGACCCUCGGGUGCUCCCCCCGAAGCUCGGGCAGGGGCUGGGAGCAGAGCGAGGUGGGGAGGACCGACCCCUCUCCCCCUGCAGACCCCUCACCCUGGCCCCAGCACAGAGGUCGCCUCCCUGCCACGGUACCCGUCGCACUAUUAAAAAGGUUUGA